AGAGAAUUUAUCGAGUACCUUAAAGGUUUGGCAACGCCUAUAAAACAAUGCACCACAAGAAUAGCAAAUUGUCGAAAAACAUCGAAAACCUUAUGAUAUCGAGUUGAAGCUUUGUUUAUAGAAAGUUAGUUUUUAUUGUCACAACAAUGGCGUGUUUUCUUAUGAAUCAAAAAGAUGUCCAACUUAGUAUUCCAUCAUAUGAAACCAACGAUGGUAUUACAUAUUACAUAGUACAAGUUAAAAUUGCUACCAUCAAUUGGACUGUCAAACACAGGUAUAGUGAAUUUGCUGAACUUCAUGAAAUCUUAGUUUCUGAUCAUUGCGUGGAAAAAGAUAUAUUACCACCAAAAAAAUUAAUUGGUAAUAAAUCUGAGAUAUUUGUAGAAAAGAGACGUUUGGGGCUUGAAACUUACUUGGAUUCAGUAUAUAAUUAUUUGAAAAAAAUCAUGCCUAGACCUUUUGCAAUUUUUCUAGAGUUACACAUUUAUGAAAUUUUCUUUUUAUUACAAAAUUUAGCAUGCAAAUUCUUCUCAGAGGGUGAAUCAUUAAUACAAAACUCUCAGAAUUUCACAUUUGAUAUAUUACAGAUGUAUGCCAUAAGUGAAAGACUUAAACAACCUCGUCCAUUUCUGGAAGUUCCAGAUAAAAAGUAUGACUUUAGUCAUGUACUAGAUUUUAAUUCGCAUUUAAAAGAUCUAACUAUCAAAGGUAGCGAUACAGUAUACGGAGCGAGUAAUAUAUACCCUUGUUCCUUAAGUAUAGAAUUGUCAAGUUUUAAAAAUGUAGAAAAUUUUACAGUUAACAAUUAUCCUGUAGAAAAAAUUUAUAAUAUGGGUAAUCUUCGAGACACGGUUACAUCUCUCAGUGUACAUAAUACAAAACUAAGAAAUAUUAUCGAAUUAACUAUGUGUGAAGAAGUUCACAAACAUAUUACAUCAGCUAAUGACUCGCAUAUUUGGUUGAAAGUGACGCAUCUAGACCUCAGCGAAAAUCAAAUUGAUGUUAUAGAUGAAGCUAUUAAAUUACUACCAAAUAUUGAAGUGCUGAUGUUAAAUAAUAACAGAUUGAAGAAAAUAUCAAAUAUUACUCUACUACCAAGAUUAUCUCAACUGCAUCUAGCAGCAAAUAGUUUCACAACAUUACCAGAAAAUCUUCACACCAAAUUGGGCAAAAUUGUGUAUAUUGAUUUAUCGUAUAAUAAUUUAACUUCACUAGCAAGUUUUUCUAAACUAUAUUGUUUGGAAGGCUUAGACAUAAGUUGUAAUAGAAUAGAAAAUAUUGAAGAGAUAAAACACAUUGGUAGCCUUCCUUGUUUAGAAAAUCUUAGGUUAACAGGGAAUCCUGUAUCGACAAUAGUCGAUUACAGAGUAAAAGUAUUGGAACCUUUUGGAAAAAGAGCUGCAGAUAUUUAUCUCGAUAAUGAAAAACCAAAUCAAAAAGAAAUUGAUACUGUAUGUGUUCUUCAAGCUUUGAGAAUUGCAAGGGAAGGUAAAUCUCCAAUGUUCAGUACAACUGAUGCGCCGUUAUUCUCUGCUGAAAUACCAACUGCUUAAAAUGAUUAGCGAGUCUGUAUGUAUG